AUGGGACGGAAGAAGAAGAAGAGGAGGAAGAAGAGGAAGCAGAGGAAGCAGAAGAAGAAGCAGAAGAAGCAGAAGCAGCAGCAGCAGCAGCAGAAGAAGAAGAACAGCAGAAAGUGGUCUGAUCGUCGUGUGAAAAUGAGUGCAAGAAGGACAGCAGAGUACGAGGAGGAACUUGGGGGCCCAAAAGAGGAGAACGAGCCGGAUCGUCAACUACUGGACGCUGUGUUCAAUCUGCAGCGUCGAACUGUGUUACGCGGAGCAGACAUCACUGAAGAUCUUCGUACUGAGUGGCAGGAGCCAAAGCCCCCUCACAUUAAAGAGGAAGAGGAGCCCAUUUUGAUUAAAAAAGAGGAGGAUAUCACCAAGUUUCCAUCGACUGGUGUCCCUUUGAAGGGUGAAGAUGAAGGUCAAAGUGAGGAGAGCAGAGGGGCGGAGCCUCCAAGCAGCAGCUCAACUCAUCACAUGAGAACAGAAGCUGAGAGAGACCACUGUGGAGGCUCACAAGCAGACGGCCUCUUAGCUCCACUAUCAGAUAGUGACGACAUGUCACACCCUCCUCACACUGAUGAAAAUCAUCGUGAUAAACAGUGUGAAAGUGCUAUAAUAUGUCACACUGACAACAAACGAUGGAAAUGUUCUCAGUGUGGGAAAACAUUUGCUUAUAUAAGUAGCUUGAAACAACACGCGCGAAUACACACUGGAGAGAAACCUUUUGCCUGCUCAGUUUGCAGUAAAAGAUUUACACAGAAGGGAUAUUUAAAAAAACACACAAGAUCCCACAUUGGUGAGAAACCUUUUUCCUGCACAGUUUGUGGUCAAAGAUUCUCUGUGAAGGAAAGCUUAAAAUUACACACAAGAACCCACACUGGUGAGAGACCUUUUUCCUGCUCAGUUUGUGGCCAAAGAUUCACUCAGAAGGGAGUUUUAAAUAGACACACAAGAACCCACACUGGUGAGAAACCUUUUUCCUGCUCAGUCUGUGGUCAAAGAUUUUCUGUGAAGGACAGCUUAAAAUUACACACAAGAACCCACACUGGAGAGAAACCUUUUCCCUGUUCCGUUUGUGGUCAAAGAUUCACUCAGAAGGGACACUUAAAAAUCCAUACAAUUAUCCACACUCGUGAGAAACCUUUUUGCUGCUCAGUUUGUGGCCAAAGAUUCACUCAGAAGGGAGAGUUAAAGAGACACACAAGAACCCACACUGGAGAGAAACCUUUUUCCUGCUCAGUUUGUGGUCAAAGAUUUUCUGUGAAGGACAGCUUAAAAUUACACACAAGAACCCACACUGGAGAGAAACCCUUUUCCUGCUCAGUUUGUGGUCAAAGAUUCACUCAGAAGGGACACUUAAAAAUGCACACAAGAACCCACAGUGGUGAGAAACCUUUUUCCUGCACACUUUGUGGUCAAAGAUUCUGUGAAAAGGGAAGUUUAAAAAUACACACAAGAAUCCACACUGGUGAGAAACCUUUUUCCUGCUCAGAUUGUGGCCAAAGAUUCUCUGUGAAGGGAAGCUUAAAAAUACACACAAGAACCCACACUGGUGAGAAACCUUUUGGCUGCUCAGUUUGUGGUCAAAGAUUCACUCAGAAGGGAGAUUUGAAAAUACACACAAGAACGCACACUGGUGAGAAACCUUUUCCUUGCUCAGUUUGUGGCCAAAGAUUCUCUUAUAAGUAUCAAGCUAAGACACACAAGUGUGCUGGUGAGAAUCACAGUGAUCAAGAAGCUAUCAUUUAAAAUGUACAUUUUUAAUAUCAAAAGUAAUGACUAUCAUACGGAUUUACAAAAAUCUAUAUUCAUGUAUUUUAUCGACCACAUUGAUCUUCAUGUCGUCUUUGUCUUUUGUUAAAGCCGCCUCUGGACAAAUGUUGAGAAUUAGCAUUGGUGACAGAAUACACAAAGUAAUGCAUGCCUUUUUUUUCAAUAAUUUAGUGAUGUCCCUAUGAAAUAAAUGAAUGAUUGAUUGAACUAGACCGUAAAGAAGCAUUGCCUUUUUGUGGUAAACUGUAAAGUGCACAGUAUAUGUGAUCCAUAAUAAAAUACGCUUCUUCAAA